CUGGCUAAGAAGAACAUCAGGAAACAGGGGGAGCUGGUGGACUAUGAGAAGGAGAACUACAGCAUCCUGCACAAGAGGAUUAACCACACCUGGGACUUUGUGGUGAUGCAGGCCAGAGAACAGCUCAAGGCCUCUAAGCAGAGAAAGAAGGCUGACCGUAUCGUUCUGGAGUGCCAGGAGCAAGCCUACUGGUUGACCAACAAACCAUGUCCGGGGGCGUUUGACGUGUUGGAUCUGGGACCUGAGAGAUGCAACGUCCUCAGCUCCCGAGUCGCACUGAACACUGACCACUACAAGAGAGAGAUUGAACACAGUAGAAGAGCUCUGGGGAGAAACCGUGUCAAGUCCUCCAUCUGUCUUGAGAGCUUCAUGAAGUACAGUGAGCAGUACCUCCACCAUGACCCCAUCAUGUCAGGCUGUCUCCCUAGCAACCCCUGGAUCUCUGACGACACCUCACACUGGACCAUCAACACUGACAUGGUGGACACUCCAACCAGGCUGAGAGUGGAGAGCUGGAGUUUCAACUUCAUGGAACUUCUGAACGACUCGAUGGGAAGACGAGAGUUUAUGAUCUACCUGGAGAAAGAAUUCAGUG